AUGCCUAACGAUUUUGAGUACGGGUGGCGGAACAACGUGCUCAAAGCCAGGGUGCAUGGCCGUAGUAUACUACCUGAGAAAGAGGGUUAUGUUGUUUGCGUUCAAUUCUUUGAAUUCAAAAGGGGUGUUGAUACAAUCAACCGUUACGAUACAAAAGUGUGUCCAGACCGUAUUUCACAACGUAAUACGAAGUAAGUUUUUAAUUUUUUACCUCCCCCCCUUCCACAGAAAAAAAAAAUUGAAAAAAGUUGAACGUCGUCGUGGAUUUUUGGUAAAAAUUUUUUUGCCGAUUUUUUAUACCUUCAGUCCAGGGCCGGGUGCGAGGGGGGGGUACCCAGAAAAAAAAUUUUCUGAAAAAUUUGAACGUGGUCCCCCUGUGGAUUUUUUGGACCCCUGCCCCCAGACCAAAAGUCCCCGCCCGGCCCUGCUUCAGACCAAAAGUGCUCGCCCGGCCCUGGUUACAGUACUGGUUAAUAUCUUUUCAUCUUAAGUUGUCAUACAUACAAUAAAUUUGAUUUUUUAGGGAGUACGAUACCGACGCUAGCUUUGAUCUGGAAUAUCCUAAGUACUUGUUCACUCCAAACAAUAUCGAUCUUUUGUAUGUUGUCGGAACGGUCAAUUCUGAUAUGUAUGUUCUUUUCGUGGGGUAGGGUAGGGUAGGGUAGGGUAGGGUAGGUUCAUAUUUUUUUUAUUUUGCUUGUUUUUAGAUCUAAAGUUUUUAAGUACAACAGACAAGAGGAAGAGAUACAAUUGUAUUAUGAAACUGCUGGUAGCUUUAAAUUUUUUCUGAGCGAUGACAUUCUUCUACAACAAGCUUGUGACGCUUCAAAUGUUCUGUAUUACUACACAAAAGGGCAUCUUGGCGUUUUUGGCGAGAACGACUACUACUGUCGUGAAGCAGUUGGCUAUGCUAGCAAUGGUGACUUGUGGUUUUCUCCCGGAAAAUGCAAGAAGUAUGAGGUUGGAAAGCUUUUUGACACGGACUGUGGCUACGAUUCUGAUAAACUUCUAUUUUCUAUGGUAUGUUUGGGGUAGCGUGGUAGGAUUUGUUCGCGGUAGUUGGGUAGGACAUGUUUGGGUUAGUUAUUAGGUGCCGACAUAAACAACCCGCCAUUAUUUACAGGAAAUUACAAGCAAACUAUGGCGGGUUCUUUAUGUCGGCACUAUAGGUAGGGUAUGUUCGGGGUAGUUGGUAGAGUAUGCUCGGAGUAGUAGAGUAGGGUAUUACAAAGCCGUGUACGGAAGCCUAAAAUUGUGUACUGGUGCCCAAUUUUCAAGCCCGGCCCGAUCAAAAUUUUGCUCAGACCCGAGAUUUAUAUUUGGGUCAAGGUCCGUCCCGUUCCUCAUGUCUACUCGAGCCAAAAGCAGUUGCAUAAGCCUACAGAAGCAGACAUAGGGGUACGGUAGAGUAAGGAAAAAUAGAGCAGGCCAUUGUUUGCUUAUUGAUAUAACUUCAGGAGGCUUUGAUUUCAUUGGGCGCCGAAAGAUGGCGAAUUCAUCCCCUUGAAACCAAUACAAUUUUUGGGUUGUUUUACUAUGAGUAAGUUUUAAUUUUUAAAAUUUAUUGUGUGUUGACAUAAAGAACCCGCCAUACUUUACCUGCAAUUUCCUGUAAAAAAUGGCGGGUUCUUUAUGUCGGUGCCUAAUAAAAUGAACUUUGGUUCAAAUUUUACUUAAAAUAUUUAAAUUUUAUUUAAAGCAACGUCAUUUGAUGAUCAAUUUUAGACCUGUUCCAACUACGACGACUACAAUUCCAACAACUACAUCGACCACCAAGAGAACGACUAGAAAAGCCACACCUACAAAGCCUAAGAUUCUCGUUCCUCGAUCUGCCAGAAUUGGUUACACACCCCAAAGCCUAGGCCAUCUACCCCAAAACUUGGGCAAUGCAUCCCAACUCUCAGGCAAUGCAACUCAAAUCUUUGGUAAUGUAACCACUCCGGAGAGGUUCUCUAUAAUGUGGUGGGUAUAUAUCGUAUCGAUUGGCUCCAUCAUAUGGCUGGUUGGAUGUCUGAUUGUUUGGUUUAUUCGUUACCUGAUUACAAAGGCAACGGACGAAACUGAAACAAGCUCGUCAAGUGAAUCAGUAAGACAAGCAGGCGGCACGGCACAACAAGACGGAGACGCAGCGCCAGAAGCAGGAGAUGCAGCACCACAAGGAGGAGAGGAAGAACCACAAGGAGAGGCAGGAGCUGCAGCACCACAAGCACCUGUGGUAGUACCACACAACGGGCUAUAUUAUAGUAACUUGCCAACGUACAAAGGCGGAGAUAUCGUACCAGAUUUCCAACCCUCUGUCUUUAGCCAAACCAUGGUGAAGGUCUUGGAAGAAUAUGGAUACCCAAGCAUUACGAAAGGAGAUCCAAAGAAGAACGAUAAAGCGCGAGUAUAUCACAUUAUAAAGAGUAAGUAGCAUUAUAUUGACAUCUAGGAACUCAAAAUGGUUUUUUAAUUACAAUAUUAGAUGCCAACAUAAAGAACCCGCCAUUUUAUACAGGAAAUUACAGGCAAAAUAUGGCGGGUUCUUUAUGUCGGCACCUAAACCAAAGCGGAAUUUUGUAUUAAUUUAAAAAAAUUAUAAUACAAACCUAAUUUUAGCAGCCCCACAGCGCAAACGACUUCCAGGCGACACCAUGGCACCAUACUAUCGUGUACCAAAGGAAGGCUUUGAACAAACGAUUCCGGCCGUAUUGAAGUUCGCGGGUCAUUGGUAUGGAUACGGCGGAAUCUAUUAUUUUGACGACAAUGGAAAACAUAUUAUGACCAAGAUUUAUGGCAAUCACGAGCCGCUGGCAAAUUGA